AUGGCACCCGCAACCCAAUUCGAAGUGGCGCAACCGCCCAAAGACGCCAUUUCCGCCCUCGAUUUCGCUCCCGGCGCAUCUCGACGGCUACUAGUUUCGUCAUGGGACAAGAGUGUGUAUCUCUACGAAGUCGCCAACGGUGCGGAGGAAGCGAGUCUAGUUGGGUCGUUUGAACACCGCGCGCCCGUCCUAGAUGUGUGCUUUGGUGCCGAUGAGAACGAGGCUUUCACUGCGGGUGUGGAUCAUCAAGUCAAAAGACUCGAUCUCAAGACAGGGGAACAGACUACUUUGAGUACACACGGCGCGCCAGCCCGCUCCGUCGCCUACAGCGCCCAGUAUUCCCUCCUCAUUUCUGCCUCAUGGGACAGCACCCUCCACGUCCAUUCCACAACCGCCUCAGCUCUUCAACAACCCCAACAACCCCUAACCAUCCCCCUUCCCGGCAAACCCCACGCCCUCGCCGCCAGCCCGACCAAGCUCGUCGUUGCCAUGACCGCCCGCCUCGUCCACAUCUACGACCUCCCCACCCUCGCCGCCGCUCUCUCCUCCUCCCAACCCACCCCGCCCCAGCCCUGGCAACAGCGCGAAUCCUCCCUCAAAUUUCUCACCCGCGCUGUCGCCUGCAUGCCCAACGACGCCGGCUACUCCACCUCCAGCAUCGAGGGCCGCGUCGCCGUCGAAUGGUUCGAAGACAGCGCCGAGUCGCAGGCGCGCAAGUACGCCUUCAAGUGUCACCGGCAAGCUGCGCCCGAGGAAGACGGCGGCGGUGAUGUCGUGUUCCCCGUCCACGCGCUUGCGUUCCAUCCGGUCUACGGCACAUUUGCGUCGGGUGGCGGAGACGGGACUGUCGCGUUGUGGGAUGCCGAGGCGAAGCGGCGCAUGCGGCAGUACCAAAAGUUCCCCGACAGCGUGGCGGCCCUGGCGUUUUCGGGUGAUGGGCGCUUCCUGGCCAUUGGUGUAUCUCCCGGUUUCGAGACGGGCUCAGAGCAAGAUUAUACCGGAGAGGGGCGUGCCAAGGUGUUUAUCCGGGAGCUGGGCGAGACAGAGGCAAAGGGGAAAGGCCCCAAGUAA